AUGAUCACAGAGGCUCUGCUGCAGAACGACUUCCUGAAGGAGCUGGACCUGAAUGUUCUUCAGGAGAUCAGUGAGAACAUGUACCAGAGCGAGUACAAUGCAGAGGACACUGUCAUACAAGAGGGGGCGCCAGGGGGGUACCUCUAUGUACUCACAGAGGGAGUACUCGCAGUGGAACAGAGCGGGAAGUUUCUGGGGCAAAUGUUUCCAGGGACGGCAUUUGGAGAACUGGCCAUUUUGUACAACUGCAAGAGGACUGCGACAGUCAGAGCCAUGUCUCAGUCUCUGGUCUGGGCUUUGGAUCGACAGAGUUUUCAGUCCAUUGUGAGGAGAACAACUCAACAGCGCCACCUGGAACACUGCAGCUUCCUGCGCAGUGUGUCUCUUCUGAAGGACCUGCCUGAGGACAUGUUAUCUCGGAUCGCCGACUGUCUCCAAGUGGAUUACUACGACAGGGGGGAGUACAUCAUCCGUGAGGGGGAGGAGGGGGACACCUUCUUCAUCAUCGCCAAAGGACAGGUGCUGGUGACUCAGAGCUCUGAGGGCUUCACUGAACCUCAGGAGAUCAAGACCCUCACCACAGGAGAAUACUUCGGAGAGAAGGCUCUCAUCAGUGAGGAUGUUCGCUCUGCAAAUGUCAUCUGUGCUGAGAACGACACACAAUGCCUCGUCCUGGACCGAGAGAGCUUCACACAGAUGGUCGGGACAUUGGAGGAGCUUCAGGAACAUCUGAGGAGCUACGUGGAGGAACUGUCCCUGAAUGAUCUGAGGAGAAACAGGAGGUCUGAACAUGGCUCAAAUACAUACCCAGAUCCAGGCGAGUCCUCAGACCUGCUCAGACUCAGAGACAAACUGGACCAGCUCAGACCGGACCAUCCUCUGGACCAACUAGAACUAAUCGCGACUUUGGGCAUGGGAGGCUUCGGACGAGUGGAGCUGGUGAAGCUGAGGGAUGAGGAGAGGACGUUCGCUCUGAAGUGCAUCAGGAAACAUCACGUGGUAGAACACAAACAGCAGGAGCACGUGUUCUCCGAGAGGAACCUCCUACAACAGACAAGCUCUGCCUUCAUCGUCAGGUUCUUCCGGACGUUCCGGGAUCAGAAGUUUGUGUACCUGCUGCUGGAGGCGUGUCUGGGAGGAGAGCUGUGGACUGUUCUUAGAGACAUGAGUUACUUUGAUGAGUCCACGGCACGGUUCUGUUGUGGCUGUGUUCUGGAGGCUCUAGAGUUCCUCCACAAGAAGAACAUCAUCUACAGAGACCUGAAACCAGAGAACCUACUGCUGGACCAGAACGGUUACCUAAAACUGACAGACUUUGGUUUUGCGAAGCGUCUCGUCUCUGGGAGGAAGACAUGGACAUUCUGUGGGACUCCCGAGUAUGUGGCUCCUGAGGUCAUCAUGAACCGAGGACAUGACUCUGCAGUCGACCUGUGGGCAAUGGGCAUCCUGCUGUACGAGCUGCUGACCGGGAGCCCUCCCUUCAGUGGUCCAGAUCCCAUGAAGAUCUACACUUCGAUUCUUCGUGGCGUUGAGAAAGUGGACUUCCCCAAAAAGAUCCGUAAACGAGCUGAAGACCUGAUCAGACGCCUCUGCAGGCUGAAUCCUAUGGAGAGACUUGGGAACAACAAGAAUGGGAUCAACGACAUCAAGAAACACAAAUGGUUCCAAGGUUUUAACUGGGACGGCCUGAGACGCAGACAGCUCGUCUCUCCUCUCUGGAGACAGGUGAGUGGCCCUACAGACCACAGUCACUUUGACGUGUUUCCUCCAGACACAGACAUGCCUCCAGAUGAGCUUUCAGGAUGGGACCAGGACUUCUGA